ACCUCUCAUGAAAGCAGGUUUGUUUUCCCGGGCUUUUUUCCUUCUCUCUGGCAUCCUCUGGAACUGGAGUAAGGUACUGUGGGAGCUGUGUUCCCUGGCCCCAAGGCUCUUUGAUAUGGGGCAGCAGCCUGCUGGGUUAUGAAUAAAGGAUUCACAGAGAAAUAUGAGGGUAAGGGCUGGCAACUGUAUGUCCUUCCCCAGAUGCUGUGUGGGCUGUGGGGUUCCCAUGGAGAGCAUUUCGACCACAUACAGGACAUUGGGGUGGCUGCAGGGGUGGGAACAAUCUCUCAGCCCUGCAGCUCCCUGGUGGGAGGCGGUUGUUGAGGUACACAAUUAAUCUUCCUGUUGCAAUUAGUGAACAUAUUCUACUGGGUGGCACCAAGCAGGGCACAGGGGUGUACACAGGCAUGUAGGUGAGUGUGUGCUACUCCUGCCUUAUACAGGCUGCCCACAGCCCACCAUGCCCCUCCUCGACACCACAUUGCACCCCAGCCUCCAACCCACCCAGUUCUCUCCUUCCUCCACAGGCAGGAUGCAGGUUCGGAGUCUCUUCCUCCUCCUGGUGCUGAUCCUGGUGGCCGCCACCGCUGAGGCUGGCAAGAACAAGAAAGAAAAGACAAAGAAGGAUGGCUCUAAGUGCGAGGACUGGCGCUGGGGACCCUGUGUUCCCAACAGUAAGGACUGUGGCCUGGGCUACCGCGAGGGAACUUGCAAAGGUGAGAGUAAGAAGCUCAAGUGCAAGAUCCCCUGCAACUGGAAGAAGAAAUUUGGAGCUGACUGCAAGUACAAAUUUGAGAGCUGGGGAGGCUGCAGUGCUCAGACUGGCCUGAAGACUCGCUCCGGAAUCCUGAAGAAGGCCCUGUACAACGCCCAGUGUGAGGAGACUGUCUAUGUGACCAAGCCCUGCUCCUCCAAGAUCAAGUCGAAGUCCAAAGGUCAGUUCCCACCACUCGUGUCCCCAGAAGGGUCCUGUGGCAAUCCUGCCCAGGGGUUUUUCAGAGGUACCUUGGCCUAUUGGGGUUGGCUUUGCUGGAUGCUCUUUCCUUUGCACUGUGAAGUCCAGCUGCUGGCAGGGUGGGAGGUGCUACUAGGAAAAACCGUGUUCCCCCCACAAACCACUGCCAUCUUUGGUGGGAUGGGGAUUCCCUGCUCUCCUCACUAGGACUGGUACAAAAGGAGGCUGCCUGCAGGGACACAGCCACUGCGCUGUGCUCAGCCAGCCAUGCUGGCUACAUUUCUACCACAGCAGCGUCUGGGGGACUGUGAGCUGCCAGCACAUGCACUAACUUUUGUCUCCUGUGCUUCUUGAAUGCAGCAAAGAAGGGCAAGGGGAAGGACUAGAGCAGGAAACCAGCGUCCUCAUCAGCCCCUCAACACGGUGUCUACAGGACUGGAUGUCCAAUUGUAGCUGGCCCACACUACAGUCUUCCUCCUCCUCUCCUUACUCCUUUCCAUGACCUCCUCUUUCACUGAGAUGCCUUGUUUUAAUCAUUAGUGUUGUAGAGAGCAAACCCACCCACCCUGCAGGAUAGGCUGCCUCCUUCCUUGCUGCCCCAUGGGCACUACCUGUGCAUCCUGCUCACCUACUCUGGGCUGCUGUUGGGGUUCACUGGGAUGUGCUCAGAGAGAUGGGAUGGAACACACAUUUUUCCACCCUCCAGCACAAAUGAGUUGCCUUUAGCACAUACUUUUGCAAGCCCAGGAGCCUCCUUGCUCCUCCACCAGGUACCAGGGCCAGAGGGAAGGGCUGGCUGUUGAAUGCCUGAGUACCCCCAUCACUGAAGCUUCUCACUCAAGGACUGCACUCACCUCAGGGGAUUUAUUUCAGCAUCCCUUUGGCUGGGGCAUGACUUACCCACAGCAGCUGAGGAAAACACAACCAUCACCCUGAGAAACAACUGUGUCUCCUCUCAUGUGUGUCCAUGCUGAGGCUGCAGUCCCUCUGCCUUUGCCAUGCCAACGCCAAUGCUGGGUGGGAGCUCUCCUUUUGGAAUUUUUCUUUUUCUUUUCCAAUAAAAAUCUUUUUUAAAAAAGUAUCAGAAUUCCCCUGUUGUCCCCACAAGGUGCUGCUGUGCUGGAAACCCCAGCAAACCCCAGUUUUGCUGACCCCACUGGCACCAGCAGUGAAGUUACCAUGCAGCUGGCCUGGGUGCCACAUGCACAUGGUCCUGGACAAAGCACCAGCCUCUUUGCAACAACCUUCUGGUUGCCACCCCUUACUCUUGGCAGA